UGACGUGUUUUCGUAGCUCCGGUGAAUUCUGGUUUCUCCACUUCAAUCAUUUUGUACUGAGGCAGAAAAUUUCCCAACCCCUUUUCUGCAGUCAAAGAGUGUUUUCUUGGUUUUUCUUCUGAAUACUGCUACCGCUGAUUAUCUCACCCGAUCGUUUAAAUAUUAGCGGAUUUUACGGGCGCUGGCAAGUUUUCGCUGAGGGUAAAAUAAUUUUCAGAUUGGAACUGGUCCGCCAUCUUGCCAACGCGCAGAGGGAAAGUAAAAUCGCGUGGACAGGCCCCUGGCAGGAGGUCGUAGCAUCUUGGCCGCAGAUAUUCGUUUCUUUUUGCUCAUUUAGAUUCCCCGAUGUGCGCUGGUACCAGUUCGUUCCUUCAAUUUGAUGAAAUAAUAGAGUAAAAGAAAAAAGAUCGAUAAAAAUAUACUUUGUUCCGUAAAGUGGUCUCGAUUUAUCCUGUACAGCCUGCAAGAUAUCGCAGCCAGCGUGGUCGUUUCGAUUUUCAUAUCUCGAAAGCAUCAGGCACAAGAGACUGUAGGCGUAGCCCCAAGGAUAUAUUAUAGUGCGUUUGGCUUACGCACCGUCGAGCCCGAGUUAGAGGUUUCAUAGUGUGGCUUGACCCACACGGUGCUUGUAGAAGUGAGUUUUGUUAAUCAAAGUUAGAUGCACGGCUGCGUAAAAAUUCAGUUCAGAAGUGAAAGUUUUUGAAGAUUUAUUGAGGAAAACCACAUUUCGGAACGCCCUCUCCCCCCCCCCCACCUUUUUCUUGGUGAAAGGCGACAAUCGAGGUAAUUUGGUGUAAAAAUGACGCAGUUAAGCAACAAGGUCGAACGGUGCACGGUUGGUCUCGCUCACUCUCAAGAGCGCUGUAGUUGAACGAGUUGCCGUUGGAGCGCUAGCUUUCGUUCAAUUUCCAACCCUUCGGUAACGUCAAUCGCGGUGGUGCCUGUUGUGCGAGAAAUCUGGACCACACGCCACGAAUAUCCUGCCCAAGUGAAAAAUGAUUGAAGCGAAAACCAGGACUACGAAAAAUCCGAUAGGAAACCCUCAGCAUAUGAGUGAUCUACCAUGUAAACUACGGUCGUGGCGUAAACGCAUUUUCGUGAGAAACGUGGCAGUUGCAAAAAGCAAGAAAUCGUGAAAAGAACUUUAGCAUUUCCCAAAUCCGUGUAUUGGUCUAUAAUAAAUCAAUUUCGGUUAGCACGGGAGCAGUUUCCUUAUAAGGCAUCAAAAUGCCGCGGAUUGAUCCUAUGAAGCUGCUGGUGUGCCUCAGCGUACUGCUGGCCCCGAACGGAGGAAUCCGCACUUCUGCAGAGGUCAAAAGACUAGCUAAUUUGAUGGCGAAAUUUUCCAAGAAAUUGGUAUCCAAGUGUAUAUACAUACAAAUACUGAAGUGCACGGAAACGGAGCUGCUUGGACAGUUUAUGCAAACUGGCGGCUGGUCUCUGGUGCAUCUGUGGUUGGUCGAUGGAGUAACCUCGAAAAACUGGCCUCUGAUACAAGAGCUGUUGGAGUUGUUGCUUUGCUGUCCAGUGGAUGUGGAAAGGUUGAAGAUUAAUACCACACCGCGGUUGGUAAAGGCCCUUUCUACCGACAGCGCUCACGAGAGAGUGCGUGUACUAGCGUCCAAGUUGGUCGAACAGUGGUUAUUCAUCGUAAAGGCACCAAAGCAGCUUUCACCGAGUAUUCCAUUAAACCCAUCAGAUGUGUCACUCGGUGAUCACUCGGUAACUGAUGGCCAACCAGCGAUUCUUGGUGGUGGGGUUCAGGAAGAAACAAAUAAUAAUGUUGGAUUACUGUCCGAGUCAACAUCAACCGGCAAUGAAGAUGGUAGCGGGUGCCAUCUGGUUAAUGGUAUCGGUGGUAUUCCAACAGAUGCUGCUUCUACGGAGAAAGAUUUUGGCAAUAAACAGGGGCUGCGGAAGCGGGAGGAUGAUGUUGACUCAGCGAAGAAAUCGUUCCGGGCGAUCGUUGAGCAGGAACCACACAAGAAAACAUCGCUGGUGCUGAAGAUAACGACGAAAAACGGAAAGCAAGUGGUGACGGAAGUGCGCACACCUACUUCAGCCAUCAAUGGCGAUGAUGUAUUGCACCGAAAUGGAAUGCAAGCUGAUGGUGAUGAUAUAGAGGAAGAGGAAGAAGAGGAGGAAGAGGAUGAGGAGGUGGUGGUUAAUAUUGAAUCCGAAAAACCAAACGAGCAUGGCGAGAUUGAAGCUAAAGAUGCUAAGAAAAAUGACCUCGAAAACGGCCGAGAAGGUCGUGAGAGGAGCGGCUCGGUCUCUUCUUCGUCCAAGGAUCACCGCAGUCAUCACUCUAGCCGUGAUCGAGAGAAGGAUCGAAAAGGAAGCAGUAGCAGUGGAAGUCGCUCGUCGUCAUCAAAAAGUUCCAGUGGUAGCAGUAGCAGCAGCGGUAGCAAGAGCAAAUCCUCUAGCGGUAGCAGCAAAAGCAGUAGUAGCUCGAGCUCUAGUCGCGACAAAGAUAAGGAUCGCCAUGGUAGUAGUAGUAGUAACAAGCACAAAAGCUCGUCCUCGUCAUCCUCUAAGUCAAGUGGGAGUGGCGGCUCAAAGAGCAGUAGAAGUAGUAGUGAUAAACACAGAGAUCACCGGGACAAAUCGAGCCAUUCCGGAGGUAGCAGCAGCAACAGUAGUAAAGAUAAUAAAGAUUCCAAGAGCACAUCGCUAUCGCCAAGCACCGGCGGUAGCAGAUCGUCCACCGCGAAUCUUUCGCGUAAAAGCUCGAAAGAUGAUGGCGGCAACAACGAUAGUGGCUCGGAGACGGGAAGCACUUCGGCCAACAACUCCGCGAAUAUGUCCGGAGUUAGCAGCAAGAAGGCCUCUAUUUCGAUAGAAGUUCGUAACCCGGAAAACCGGGUAAAAACGGUUAAAACAUAUAAUUCACAGUUCCGUUCGCACGGCCUUAUAGAGGAAGCACCACCGCCACCAUCGCGCAAAGGAUUGAAGAAACCUUCGUCGGGCACUUCUUCAUCUGCCGCAUCAACAACGGGCACUGGAUCUGCCACAGUCGUUGGAACGAAACGCCUCUCGCCAGCCCCUUCAUCGUCGCCCUCAUCGGUGAGGGAUACGGCUGGCGCACCGCUUGAGAAACGACUGAAGGAGGACCCGACUGAACGACCCGGAGCGAUUAAGCUCAUCGCUCCGAAACGCCAACAUGCACUGGUUGAGUCGGACAUGUUCAUGGAUGCGCUUUCGGCCACGCUGCGCAAGGAUGUCAAAAAGCGCAAACGAAGGACCAGUGGAUCGGACAGCAACACUACUACAACCACUCCCACCGUUGGCAUUGUUGGUGCCACUAAACCGGCCGAAUCGAACGCUACAGGAGCUACAAAAUCAUCCAUUCCGGAUAGUCCAACGAAAAAAACCAUGGGAAGCGACGGGGCAGGAGGUGGCGACAGUGAUGCAUUGGAAUCGGUAGUCGCGCCUACGAAAGAGACCACACCAGUAACACCACCACCGAUCGUUGCCCCGAUGUCCUUCUACCGGGAUACACUGGCCGAGGACGAUGAACAGUCGACAGCGGAAGUCACCGAAGAGGGCAAGAAGGACGAUGCCACCAAGGAAGGCAUCAAAAAGGAAGAAGAGGAAGAGGAUGGUGACGAGGCGGAAGCGGUCACACGGAAGCCAAAAAGAGUGAAAUGUGAACUGAAUGAUGACGAUGAUGAUGGUGAUGAGGAUGAGAGUAAGGCUGCAGCUGAGUGUAAGGAGGGCGUGAAGAAGGAAACGACCGGUGAUGAGUCGAUGGAAGAGGGGAUAAGCAAAGGGGGGGUAGAACAAAGCAAUGCACUAGUCGACGCCAUGAUGAACGACGUCGAGAUGAAGAUGGCCGCCGAAGAGGAAGAAUCGAAGGAAGAGCCAGCUGAUGGUAGGGAAUCAGACGCAGAGGGUGGCAAAAAACCACCAGGGCCGGGCUGUGGUCCGGAUGGGCCGCCUGGGGUGCUCGUUAUCCAUCGACGCAAAGGUCCGAAGAAGCAGCUGCGCUGGCGAGCUGCCGAGGAUCUCGAGGAAAUCCGAUACUUCGAGCUGGACGUAACGGAGCGCUGUAACGUGACGAAGUCAUUCACGGAUAUGAAGAAUCUGGAGCGUGUUGACGAACGCCAGAAGUUCAUGUUGGCACGUAAGGUCGGUUCGGAGGACAAUAUGACGGAGCGCACGGUCUGGCGGCCACUGGUGCUGGUCGAUAAUGUACCACCGGCACCCGAUGGCAACCAGAGCGUCGAGCGUACGGUGCAGCAUCAGCGCGAACGGAGCGUCCUGCAGGCGCUCUACUUUAACAAACACAUGAUCCCAGAUUGUCCGGUAGAACCGGAGCCGGUCGAUAUGUAUCAGACGGCCGAUCCGGUACACAUUCCACUCGAGGACGUUACCGGGAAUCCGGAUUCGGUGAACGAUUUCACCAGUAUGCCGUGGCCUGAUCCUCGAUCGACACCGCCCCAUGAUUCGGCGGCCUUCAAUUCACCCUUCUUUCCCUCCGAUCUGCCACCGGGGGCCGGUUUCGGUCCCGGAGGCUUUCCCCCACCGUUCCCGGGCGGUAUACCGGGGCCAGCGCCUUGGCAAAUGCCCGGGCCACCACCGGGUGCUGGUGGUCGCCCGGCAGGCGGUCCUGCAGGUGCUGGUGUGCUUCCGCCUGGUAUGUUCCCUUCGCUUAAUCAACCACCACCGGGUCUAGGAGGCGGUGGCAAUAGUCCCAACAUGAUGCUGAACCUCAAUCUACCACCGAAUGUACCACCACCGGGCAUGUUUCCGGGGGCCGGCUCCUUCAACUCACCACCGCCCGACCUUGGCCUCAUGGAGGGUGGUGGUGGUGCCGGGCGGCGCGGUGAUGGGCCGAACUUCCGUAGUGGCCUUCCUGCGCCUCCCUGGAUCAACAAUAGUCGAUCGUUUGGCGGUGGCGGUGGUGGCAGCGGCGGCAGUUCUGCGAUACCAUCCCAACGUGGUGGUCACUAUGGUAACCGUGGUGCUGGUGGUGGCAAUUGGAACAAUCGAAACAACGGCGGCAGUGGCGCUCAACGAGGCUCGGCUGGUGAACGAGGACGCAACAACAACAGUAACAGUGGAGCACCCUGGAUGCAGAACAACCGUGGCCAUAGCAAUCGUGCCGGUGGUGGUAGUGGUAGCCGAAAAUGGUAGCACCACGCCACUGACGACGAGGACGAGGACGAUGAUACAGACAGCCGUGAUUGAAUCAUCGUGAUGUAGAAUGACGACGACUAAGACAACGCCAGACAGGAAUGCAUGGCGUGAUAAUCGUCGAGAGACGCGUGCCGCGCGUUCAGAAUGUCUAUAAUUGGCUUUGUUAAUCGCGUCUUGUUAUCGGUUAUCUUGUUUUAACGAAUCAUGCCGGGAAAGGUAGGAUUUUUGUGAAGAGAGUAAUGUAAGAACACAAAUCAAAAGACUUUUUUUUAUCAAGUGUGAUUAAGUGUAAUCGAGAUACACAUCCACGCCGUCACACGAUGAAGUGUGAUGAAAUUGUAAUUAAUAAUGACGAUAAGAUAGUGAGGAAUGUAGAAAGCAUUUAGUGGGAAUUCGAAUCGAAUUCGAAAGCGCAAUCGAUUUCUGCUCUGAAAAACCAUGUGUGUGUUUGCGGAAUCGGAGACAGAGUGGCGGAAUUUUGAGGAGCCUUUAGAGAAGAGUAGGUAGUGGUUGUCCUCAACGAUGGGGGCCAACGCCAUAGCACCUACGAUGAAUAUGUGGGAGCAUUAUAGUAAUAAAAAAACUACUACAAACACAGGAGUGUCUACUAGAAACAUCCGGGCAAAGUUAUCUUUUUAUUGAGAAUCGAUAACGUGUAGCGCACGGUUAUUCGCCCUUAUCAAUACAAACGAUACCCCCGUUAGCUUUAGGUUUUAAUGAAGCUUUGCUUUUGGUUUGGUGGGACAUGCAUGCAGGGUAGGAUAAGCAACAAACGAGAAAUGGUGACAAAACAUGUUAUGAAUUGAACCCCGACGAUCAACUGUAGUUUUUACAUGUUUGGUUUUACAAGAGAAUAAAUAUAAUACAAUAA